AUGGCGCGAACAACGGCAGCCCGCACGUAUGGCAAGACCUCGACGAGAGCCAAAGCCAGGCGAUUCCUCGCCGAGCUCCCUCAGAGUCCGUUACAAAAACCCAAUGAAGUGGUCUCGGUAGCCGCUGAGGAUGAGUCCAUCAUCAAAAUCACGGAAAAGCUGCACGCCGUCGGGUUUGAGAACGAAUCGGAAUCCUCGGAGGACGAGCUUUCCAGAGACUUUAGCUCGGUUGUUGUCACAUCUCCCCCGAGGCCAGAAAAGACGGCAUCUCCCAAGCGGAUAACAAAGGAGACUCCCAAAACCAGCAGACCGGCGACACCACCAAAAGUUAAGGCACGAGUUCCGACACCUGUAUCAAAGGUUGAGACACCCGAGAUCAGAAUCUCCCAACCCCCAGUGCAGCCUGAACCGGCCUACCGCGUUCUCACUUGGGACGAAGUGUGCCCGCCGGGAGACACGAUCGAGAAGAUCGCCGAGGCCUCCUACGCAGAAGUGUACCGCGUCCGCAACGAGCGCGGCACGAGCAUCAUCAAGUGCAUCCGCCUCGAAUCACCCAUCAAGGCGCAGACCAAGGCCCAGGAGCGUUCGGGUCUGGUCGACGAAGAGCCGCAUUCCGAAGAUGACAUGCGCGGUGAGCUGCGUAUAUCCGAGUGGCUCGCCGAUAUCCCCGGCUUCGUAAUAUACAAGGAGCGUUACCUUGUGAAAGGUAAGGCGCCAAAGUGCCUGCUGGAGACACACCAAGGGUUCCACCGGAAGAUGAAGCGCAAGGAUCCGGACAGGCUGCAGUUCUACCCGAGCCCGAGCCGCUAUCUUGACGACACGACGUUCUUGGUGGUCGAGCUGGGUGAUGCAGGGACCGCGCUCGAGGACUUUGAGUUGGCGAACUCGAGCCAGCUGUGGGAUAUCUUCUUUCAUGUCGCCGUCGCACUGGCUCGGGCGGAAGAUUUGGCCUGUUUUGAGCAUCGCGAUCUGCACGAGGGCAAUCUCUGCAUCCGCAGGACCGACGAACCUAGGACGCGCGACCCGAAGAAGCCGGGACCUUACUUCGGCUAUUCCGGCCUCGACAUCACGAUUCUCGAUUACGGCCUGUCCCGCGCCGAGGACCUCGGGGCGGAAGAGUCAGAGCCUGUUGCGCUCGACCUCGAAAAGGACCUCAGCAUCUUCACCAGCACCCACGCGCCGCAGUGCAAGGUCUACCGCCAAAUGCGGUCUUUCCUGCUGCGCGGGGAACGUGGCCACCUGCCGCCGUCGGCCCACAAAGCCCCCUAUGCCAAAGGGUGGGACGGCGAGCCCCUCUCGUGGGACGUCUACGUUCCCUACACCAACGUCCUGUGGCUGGCCUAUCUGUACCAGUACAUGGCCAAGGGCUUCGCGGGCGACAAGAAGGACGUGGCCGAGUUCAAGAAGGUCACCAAGGAGAUGUGGAAGUACCUGGACCCGGACGCCAAGGCUGGAACGCCGGCGUUUGGGAGCGCCGCCGAGGUCGUCCGGUUCGCCGUCGAAGCCGGGUGGAUCCACGAGUCGCAGUUGAUGGGCUGCGAGGAGGAGAGGGAGGACAGCAUCAUCCUGUCACGGGAAGAGCUGGAGGAACGGGCGCGGCGGAGAUCGCCGAGGAAGUUGCGCUGA